AGGCUGGGUGUGUAAUGACGUCACAAGCGCUCCGGGACACACCCAGUGCGCGUGCGCACAUGCUCCUGUGUGCGUGUGUAAGUGUGCGGGCAAAUCAGUGGCUCACACACACUUCCUACUGCAGCUUCAUUACACUUACUAGCUUGUCAUUAUGAGUUACCCCGGAUAUCCUGGUUACCCCCCUCAGGGUGGUGGAGGUUACCCUCCCCAGCAGCAGCAGGGUGGGUAUCCUGGGUUCCCCCCUCAGGCUGGGGGUUUCCCAGCAGGGGGUGGAUAUCCUCCACAGCAGCCGGGUGGCUAUCCAGGCUAUCCUCCUCAGGGAGGUGGCUACCCCGGGUACCCCCAACCCCCAGGCCAGCCUGGAGGUUACCCCAGCGUACCCCAAGGUGGGGCAGGAUGGGGCGGACAGCCCGGAUUUGGAGCUCCUGGAGGAGGGAUGCCACAGGGGUAUCCGGGUGGUCCAGCACCAGGACAACAACCCAUGCCAAAUUACCCUGGAGCUACCCCUGCCCCAAACCCUUCAUAUCCCAGCAUGCCUGGGUUUGGAGGACCUGGAGUUCCAGCUGGACCUGCUGGACCAGUCGGACCGGCAGGACCAGGAGCACCUCUAGUGCCUGCUGUUAAUCGUGGAUUUCGUGGCACUAUAAAGGACGCCCCCGGUGCUGAUCCUCUCCGAGAUGUUGAGGUUCUCCGUAAAGCCAUGAAGGGCUUUGGCACUGAUGAGAACGCCAUCAUCGAGUUGCUUGGGAAUCGCUCCAAUAGGCAGCGUGUGCCGCUGGUUAAGGCUUACAAGACCACUUAUGGGAAGGAUCUGUUCCAUGAUAUAAAGUCGGAGAUAUCGGGGAACUUUGAGAACCUGGUGUUGGCCAUGUUGAAGAGCCCGGGCCAGUUUGAUGCGUCUGAGCUUCAUGACGCCAUAUCAGGUGCAGGGACAGAUGAGCCAUGUCUGAUAGAGAUUCUGUCAUCUCGCUCUAACAGUGAGAUUCAGGAGAUUAACCGUAUUUAUAAAGCAGAUUACGGCAAGACUCUGGAGGACGCCAUCAUCCAUGACACCUCAGGUCACUUCCGCAGGCUGCUGGUCUCUCUCUGCCAGGGGAACCGAGACGAGAGAGAGAAUGUGGACAUUUCUGUGGCCAAGCAGGACGCUCAGGCUCUUUACUCUGCAGGAGAGAAGAAACUCGGGACGGAUGAGUCUCAGUUCAAUGCUGUUCUGUGUGCACGCAGCAAACCACACCUGAGACAGGUGUUUCAUGAGUACCAGCAGAUGUGUGGAAAGGACAUUGAGAAGAGUAUCUGCAGUGAAAUGCAUGGAGAUCUGGAGAAUGGCAUGGUGGCAGUAGUGAAGUGUAUCAAGAACACACCUGGCUUCUUUGCUGAGAGACUCCACAAGUCUUUGAAGGGGUUGGGCACUAAGGAUCGUACUCUGAUCCGUAUCAUGGUGAGUCGCUCUGAGGUCGACAUGUUGGACAUUAGACAGGAAUAUCAGCGUAACUACGGCAAAUCCCUUUACACCGACAUCUCAGGUGAUGCAUCUGGUGACUACAAGAAGCUGCUGCUGAAGCUGUGUGGUGGAAGUGAUUAGUACAACACACUGAGACACACACACACACACACACACUAAAACUCAUAUUGGAGCUCCUCCAGCCAGUUGUGAGGGUGUUGUGUGUGUGUGUGUGUGUUGUGUUAAAAUCUGUGGUAGGUUUUUCUAUAGAUUAUACUGCAUUUAAAUCAGCUUGUAUCCACAUAGUAAGUCAUGUUACACAGGAAGUACAGAGGAUGUAUAUGUGCCUUUAUAAACAUAUAUAAACGUUACAUUUUAUACCUGUGUGUGUAACUAACAAUCACAAUAAAGUCUGAUGUAGGACUA